AUGACGUCGGACCCCGAAAAGAGAGUCGAGGCGGCGGCCGAAUACCUCAAGCCUGGAGGUGCUGCUCCGCCGGGAGCCAUCCACCCUCCAGAGACAGGCACCGCACAGGAUGAUACCACUUCACCUGCAUCGUCCAGCAACCCAGCAUCAGAGAAGUUUCCUGACGAUGCAAAUGAUGUCGUCGUGGAAACGCCACGAGAUAAUGCAUCACCGCCCCAAGAGCCGGCUCUCGAAAAGCCCGCGCUGGACAGAACACAAUCCAGAGCCUCCCAAUUUUCAAAGAGCCGCACUAUCAUUAUCAUGUUCUCCUUGUGUGUGGCCUUGUUCCUGGCCGCCUUGGACGUCACCAUCAUCACCACAGCUUUACCUACCAUCGCCCAGCAUUUUCACGCCUCGGCUUCAGAUUACACCUGGGUCGGUUCUGCAUACCUACUUGCAAACGCUGCAAGUGUCCCUCUAUGGGGCAAACUCUCAGACAUCUGGGGCCGCAAGCCUAUCAUCACGUUCGCCAAUGGAAUUUUCAUGGCCGGAAGUCUGGUCGCGGCCCUGAGUAACUCGAUCGGUCUCCUUAUUGGGGGACGGGUGAUUCAGGGCAUUGGCGGAGGUGGUCUCAUAACACUGGUCUACAUCUGCAUAAGCGACCUAUUCAGCAUGAGAGAAAGACCCAAGUACUUUGGUAUCUUGGGCAUGGUCUGGGCCAUUGCCUCUGGAGUCGGUCCCGUUGUGGGUGGCGCUUUCACCGAGGGCGUCUCCUGGAGAUGGUGCUUUUACAUCAAUUUGCCGCUGGAUGGUCUUUCCUUGAUCCUGCUCACGUUCUUCCUUAAGCUGGACACUCCCAAGACACCCUUUUGGGAUGGGGUCAAGGCUAUCGAUUGGCUUGGUGUCGUCACGAUUGUCGGUGGAGUGGUCAUGUUCCUGUUUGGCAUGACCUCAGGAGGCACGACGAAACCCUGGGACAGUGCCUACACCUUAUGCCUGAUCAUUUUUGGGGUCUUCACCAUCGUCUUGUUCUUCCUAAACGAGUGGAAGCUGGCGAAAUAUCCAGUCAUCCCCCUUCGGCUAUUCAAGAACCGCUCCAACCUCGCAGCGUUGGGAGUCUGCUUCAUCCACGGCUUUGUCUUCAUUGCUGGGAGCUACUAUCUCCCGUUCUACUUUCAGACCGUGCUUGGCGCUAGUCCUAUUCUCUCUGGAGUGUAUCUUCUCACAAUGGUCCUCACGUUGUCCUUUGUCUCGACAGCCACGGGCCUAUACGUGAAGAAGACAGGUCGAUUCCGGGACCCCAUCUGGUUUGGCCUCUGCGUCAUGACUCUCGGUUACGGAUUGUUCAUCGACUUGCCAGCCGACAAGGAUUGGACCAAGAUUAUCAUAUACCAGAUCAUUGCAGGUAUCGGUGUUGGGCCCAAUUUCCAGUCUCCAUUGAUUGCAUUGCAAGCGCACAUCAAGGGUCACGAUAUGGCUGUCGCAACAGCGACAUUCGGCUUCACUCGCAACCUCUCCACUUCCAUCUCGGUCGUGCUGGGCGGCGUCGUCUUCACUAAUGAACUUUCCAAGAAGUACGCUAGCCUUGUCCCCGUCCUCGGAUCACAGCGCGCGAGACUUCUGACCUCCUCCUCCUUCGGCGCCACCACGUCCAUCGUCCGCACUCUCCACGGCCCCGCCCGCGCCGCCGUCGACAAGGCAUACACCGACUCGCUGAGGACAAUGUGGAUCUUCUACACGUGUUUUGCGGCGUUUGGGAUCUUCGUGAGCUUGUUCAUCAGGAAGAAGGAGCUGAGCAACACGCAUGAGAAGGCGAGGACGGGCAUUGAGGAGCAAGAGCGGGUCCGACAAGAGAUUUUGCGCGAGAGGGAGGAGAAGCAGAGGAGUAGGCGGGCCACUUUGGAAAAGGAUGUCGAAAAAGCUGCGACUUCUCCUCCAGCAACUGCUGCGCCUACAGGCGAAGGGCAGCACAGAUGA